AUGUCUAUACUUACAGGGACAUGUUAUGAUGAAAAAGCAGAUAAAAUAUGGAAAUCUAGCAGAGGAGGUAAUGGCUCAUGUUAUAUUAUUAAACUUGGCGAUAAAUUAAGAAUUCUCAAAAAAUUAUUCAACAGAAGCGGCAGAAGAAUAGAUGAUUUAUUCGACAAUGCACUAAAAUUCCAGAUUCCAUUAUCGCCUAUGUUUUUUGAUAACUCUCAAAACCAUCCUGGCGAAAUUUCAAAUUGGAUCUUAAUGGAUUAUAUUCCAGGAAAUACAUUAACAGCGUUUAUGGCAGGUGGUUACGUUGGCAUGCGUAUUAAGAAAAGAUACACUCUAGAAAUACUCGCAGGAAUAACUUUCCAAUUAUCCAUAAUGAAACACAAGCAUAUUAAGCACCGUGACUUAAAACCAGAUAAUAUUAUAAUUGAUGCUGAUAUGAUACCUCAUUUAAUUGAUUGGGAUGAUGCCACUGAUAGAUUUUCUCUUUCUAGAUCAAAGAAUCAUGGAACGGUCCCGUUUACAGCUCCUGAAGUAUUCUUGAGCGAACGCAGAUGUGAAUCUGAUAUUUUUUCGUUUGGUUCAAUAAUGUACAGUAUAAUUACGGAAGCUUUUCCAUUUAGCCAAGCAUAUACGACACGGAAAGGACUAAGCGUUCUUUUAAGUCAAAGACCUGAGUUCGAUCGCCCUGAUCUUGAAGAAACUCUUGCAAUGCUUGAUGAUUUCGAGAUGAUGAGUCAAAGUGAGCGUGCAGACAGUUGGAAUAUUAUUGUAACCCAGGUAGAGCCAAUUCUAGUCGAAUUAAUCAAAUUAGGAAUCCGAGAUGAUUCAAUUUUUUAUAAUGAGCAGUUCAUGAGCGAUCCAUUUAACAACAAGAUUGCUAGACUUAUUAGAUUGUGCUGGAAGCAAGAUUAUCAAGAAAGAAUUGAUCCAGACGAGCUCCAAGAUGAAAUUGAUAAAAUUGCAAAAGAAAUUUUGACAGAACCACAGGAUUUGAUGCAUUAUAACAAUUACUGUGAAUGUAUAUUCUCUCUAGAACCUCAUGAGUAUGGAACUUUAGAAAUGAUCGAGAAAGCGAAAAAAAUUGGAAUGUACGAAAAUGACGCUCCUUUGUUGGAAAUAAUCAAGUACUACGAUCCUUCUUUCGAAAUGGAGUCAGACUCGAAAUUUUCUCUAUUUCUGCAAUCUUUGGCUCCAAACUCGUAA